AAAAUAAAUAAAUAAUUGAAAAAGAGAGAAGCUUGCCGUUAAUAAAAGUGACUGAUUUUAUGAGGCGAACCGAAACGUAAAAAAUGACUAUUUUUUUCAAGUAAUAAAUUUUUAAUGAAAAAUUAUACCUUAGAAUGCAAGAAUUGAAGUUUGUUGGACCAUUAAAAUCAUUUGCAAAUUGCAGGAAUCAUGUAAAGCAACCACGCGUUGGAAUAGUGAAGAAAAUUUUCUAACAAAAAAAUUUUACAUUUAACGAAAAUUUCAAAAGCGAAUUAUCAUAGACUUGUCUAAACACACACACAAAACAAACAUAUCAAGAUUGCUGCAAAUCUAAAUCAAAGAAAAGUUAAGAUUUCCCAAGAAAAAAAGCAACAAAGAGAAAUCAACAAAAUCUUCAUCUAUCUUAAUUACAUGCUAUCAAGAACUCAUUUCACAUCAGAAUGGGGUCACACACGAAAAAGGGUGAGUGAAAUUUUAUUAAGGCUAAGUAAUAAAUAAUUAAAUAAUUGGGACAUAAUUCCUUUAAGAAAUUAAAAACGUUGAAUACCGAGCAACAUAGUGCUUGGUAAAUAUUUCAGUGCUCGUUAAAUCUGAUUUACCGAGCACAACUACCGAAUAACAAUCUAUCUCGAUAAAAAAAAGACUAUAUUCAAACGACAAACUAAAGGCGAGAUGCUUGGUAGUUUGUUGUGAUUUUUAGUCACUAACACUAUGUUUUUUUUCUUCAUUUUUUUAUCACAUUACUUUGAGAGAUACAUUCAAUUUGACAAAAAAUAUGUAAUUCUUGCAUUAUUGCGUAUAAUACUAACAUUAAACAACUAACCUUUCAGAUUUUGUAUACACAAACCUUUUUUGACAUGGUAAAAGUAAAAGAAAAAAAAAGCAAAAAUGAAAAAAAUGGAAUCUUGAAAAUGAAACAAAUACAAAUAUUAAAGUAACUAAAAGGUGAAAUAAAUAGAUAGAGGCAUGGAGUAAGACAUGCAUGAGCAUGGGACAUGCAAAUGGAUGGGCAUGGGAAGCAUAUCUUAAAAGAGAAUCAAAGGAAAUUGCCCUCUCUUUGCACCUGCUCAAGAUAUGGCAAAGAGCACAUGAUUUCACACCAGGAAAAAGGGGAACCUAUAUAUCCUGACAUCACCUGUAUCUCUUGUGAGGAUUUUAGUGGGACCCCCUAUCCCCUAAAUAAAACUCCUCCAUUUUUCUAUUCAAUUUCCUCUCAUUCAAGAAUCAAUCUUUGAUUUGAAUGCAUAUGCUCACACAUUUCUUUAUUCUUUCUUGCUUGCCUUGUAAUUCAAACUCCAAGUUGGAAAAUUUGAGGCAUAUCUUCAUUUGAAAUCUGGUCAGAUCUUGCUUUGUGGGUUGUGGGAUUUUGGUGGGACUUCAUAUUUCAUUUCAUCUCCAUUUCCUUCCUGCCUAAAACAAAGUAUAGAAAAGCACCCCCACUAUAGAGAAAGAAAAGGAGCAAUCUUUUUCCCCCUUUAAUCAAUCCUCACUUUCUUCUUCUUCAACCCCUCAUUACUUUGAUUUUUACCUCUAUUUUUGGGGAUUCUGACCAAUUUGAAGGAAUGGGAUUGGCUGCAGCAGAAGCUCAGUUUCAUGUUUUGGCUGUUGAUGACAGUGUGAUUGAUAGGAAGCUCAUUGAGAUGCUGCUUAAGAAGACUUCUUACCAUGUUACUACAGUUGAUUCUGGUAGAAAAGCUCUGGAAUUUCUUGGUUGGAAUGAAGGAAACUCUGAUGAAGCCAUUUUCUCUCCCAAAAAUAAUCAGGAGGUGGAAGUAAAUCUUAUUAUUACAGACUAUUGUAUGCCUGGAAUGACAGGCUAUGAUUUGCUCAAGAAAAUUAAGGAAUCAGCAGUUCUGAGAGAUAUACCAGUGGUGAUUAUGUCAUCUGAGAAUGUCCCCUCAAGGAUCAACAGAUGCCUAGAGGAAGGGGCAGAGGAGUUUUUUCUGAAGCCAGUGAGAUUAGCAGAUGUAGACAAGCUUAAGCCCCACAUUAUGAAAACCAUGGGCAAAGAAACUCUAAACCAUGAAAAUCAAGAUAAUGAUAAAGAAAUUGUGGAAACAGAAAUCCAAUCACAGCAACAGCAAACACCACAAUCCAACAUCAAUAACAAUAAAAGGAAGUCUAUGGAUGAAGGGCUUUCACCUGACAGAACAAGGCCCAGAUACAAUAAUGGUCUCACUGUUAUGUCCAACUAAUUUUCUUCUUUUUUUCCAUAAUGUUCCUUUUUAAAAAAAAAUUAUAACCUAUUUUUUUAUAUUUGCUUUUUGGUGAGAUUGUAAGAUAUUGUAUAGGGAGAGAAAUCAAGGGGUGUGGUUCAUCGUGAAGGAUGAAGAAUAUAUCUGUACACAUUUGACAAAGUAGAAAAAUUUACAACCAAUUUUGUAUAUUUACUAAUUCAAGGAUGAUGCUAAGAUACUUACAUGCAUAGUAUAUAUUGUAUUAUUAGUGGGUAAUUUAUGAGUUUAUUGGGAUUUGAUUUGA